UUAAAUUAAUCUUAUUUAAAUACAUCAGCAAAUCCCAUACCACAAUCUUGGUGUGCGUGUGUGCGAUGGCUUCAUCAGCAAUUUCCUCCAGGGAUUCGGGAGAGGUCUCGAGCCAAAUCAGCCUAAAAUCCGUGAGGGAAGCUCUCAUCCGACUGGAGGAUUCUAUCGUUUUCAGUCUCAUCGAGAGAGCUCGGCAUCCCUACAACGCCCCAGCGUACGACCGAUUGUAUUUGAAAUCCUCUGGAAGUUCGCUGGCUGAGCUGUUUGUGAAAGAGGCGGAACAUCUUCAUGCCAAAGCUGGAAGGUAUGAAAACCCAGAGGAGGUUCCCUUUUUCCCUGAAGAUCUGCCUUCGCCUUUAGUUCCUUCAUACAAUUACCCCCAGGUGUUGCAUCCCGCUGGCGCAUCUGUGAAUAUAACCAAGACUAUAUGGAACAUGUAUUUCAAUGAAUUACUUCCACUAUUUACUGCUGAGGGUGAUGAUGGUAAUUAUGCAUCCACAUUGGCAUCAGACCUUGUAUGCUUGCAGGCCAUAUCUAGAAGGAUCCACUAUGGCAAAUUUGUGGCAGAGGUCAAGUUCAGGGAUGCCCCACUGGAUUAUAGUUCUGCAAUCAAUAAUAAGGACAAAGAUGCUUUGAUGAAAAUGCUCACAUUUGAAAGAGUUGAAGAAAUGGUUAAACGGAGGGUUGAGAAGAAAGCCAUGAUUUUUGGUCAGGAGGUGACAAUAGAGGACAAGGAGGAUGACAAUGUGGAUUGCAAGGUAAACCCUUCUGUAGUCUCUCGCCUCUAUGGAGACUGGAUUAUUCCUCUAACCAAGCUUGUUGAAGUUGAUUAUCUGCUCCGUCGGCUUGAAUGAUUGAUUGCAUUGCAAUCUGCACUGCUUCAUAUAUUUCUGCUUUGUGAUCUGACGACCUGAGAUAUUUUGAAAAUUAUUUAGCGAGUGAAAUAAUUGUGUGUGAGCCAUAGUAAUUCUUGCUUGAUUGCCAUAUUUUGUGCUUCA